AUGGGUUUCUCUUACUUACUGUGGACAGGGAGUAUAAGGGAAAAGAAAAUGAUGUUUAUGAAAACGUUUGAGGGUAACUGGAAAGUGGAGCCAAUAUACGUAGACUCAGAACGCUUGUGCAAGCACAUGAAGCCGAAGAGUUCAGAAGAAUACAGAAAAUGUAGCGGUGGACAAGGAUUGAUUGCAUCGAAGGUGAAAAUGGACCAAGUCUUUCAGCCUUCUUCUCCUUUUAAUCUGCCACCGCUUUCUUGGUUCAUUCGUGGGAUCACCGUCAAGACCACCAAGACUGUAAUCAAAGAUCUUCAAAAUCUUGCGACCGCGAUCCGAAUAGCAGAAUACUAA